AUGAUAAUUUACAAAUUGUACUUGAAGAUCAAACAAUACGCAAGUUUUGCGGCGAAGGCGCUAUAUCACUACGUGAAGCAUGAGGUAUGCUUAUCGUACUAUUAUAUGAGAAGCAACAUUGAUGCAGCUUUCCUGCCCUUCCCUAUAUUCACAACGGCAUCACUGCUCCACAGAGGAGCAGAGUUUGAUGAAAUGUUUGGUUCAAUUGCCCAAGCCUUGACUUACGGCUUUUUAUAUGCCUAUACCAUCGACGUUGCAAAUAAUGCAGAAGGAGGGGGCUUGGAAGAUGAGAUCAACAAGCCUAAUCGACCAAUCGCGUCUAAGGUAACAACGGCCACUGUAACGAAGACUCGAUACUAUAUCUCAACUGGAGUGUGGCUUAUGUACAGCUACUUCCUCGGCAUUCAUCAAUGGACAUUAGGAUGGGUCUUCACAGUUUUCAUAUCAUAUCCUCUCCACACAGCUAGAUUUGGACCCGCAAAGGACCUCUCUAUGGCAUUAGGAACAGUUGCGCAGUUGAUGGCCUGCUGGGAGAUCGGAGGUUCUGGUGUCGAAGUCGGGUGGAACUGGGUGAAAAUAAUUUCCAUAUGGGUAUUUUUCACUGUGUCAAUCCAGGACUUCCGCGAUGUUCCAGGUGAUAGGGCUUGUGGUCGUUGGACCACGCCAAUGCUGCUAGGCGAUGCCGCAGCCCGCAUUUAUACAUCCGCCGCUCUCUCCGUCUUUGCGGUGAGCUUCUUUGUCUAG